ACAAAUGUAAUAAGUAAUACAUUUAAUACGCGAUACGCGAUCUAACAAUAGGUGUCCGUGGUUUGAUAUUGAAUGGAGAGAGUGGGGGUAGCAGGCAGCCAUAUUGGCUACUGGUGCUACUACUGGACUUUUGAGAGAAAUCUGCGUGAAAACAAAAGUGGUGUUAACCUGUGAAUCUCUAUAAGAGUACACCCCUUUUAAAAAAAAAUGAGUUUCUUUGGAUUCGGUCAGUCUGCUGACAUAGACAUUACUUUGGAUGGUGCAGAGACCAGAAAGACAGCAGAUAUCAAAUCUGAGGAUGGCAAAAAAGAACAUCAUUUGCUUUAUUAUGAUGGGGAGGCAAUAUCUGGAAAGAUUACCAUUAGUUUGAGAAAAGCUGGUAAGCUAGAACAUCAAGGUGUUAAAGUGGAAUUCAUUGGGCAGAUUGAAUUAUACUAUGACAGAGGUAAUCAUCAUGAGUUUAUUAAUCUGGUAAAAGAGUUAACCAGGCCUGGUGAAUUAACUCAUAAUACUGUAUAUACCUUUGAAUUUGCAAAUGUUGAGAAGCCUUAUGAAAGUUAUACUGGUUCUAAUGUGCGGCUUAGAUACUUUCUCAAAGUGACAAUUGUUCGAAGACUUAGUGAUAUUGUUAAAGAACUCGAACUAGUUGUGCAUACACUUAGUUCCUAUCCUGAUAUGAACAAUCCUAUUAAAAUGGAAGUCGGAAUAGAAGACUGCCUACAUAUUGAAUUUGAAUACAACAAAAGCAAAUAUCACUUAAAAGAUGUUAUUGUGGGUAAAAUAUACUUUCUAUUGGUUAGAAUUAAAAUCAAGCAUAUGGAAAUUGCCAUUAUAAAACGAGAAACAACUGGUUCUGGGCCACAUACAUUUACAGAAAAUGAAACGAUAGCUAAAUAUGAAAUUAUGGAUGGUGCUCCAGUACGUGGAGAAUCUAUACCUAUUAGAGUAUUUCUAGCAGGAUAUGAUUUAGCUCCCACAAUGCGUGAUAUUAACAAGAAAUUCAGUGUUAGAUAUUUUCUCAACUUAGUUCUAAUGGAUGAGGAAGAUCGCAGAUAUUUUAAACAGCAAGAAAUCACUUUAUGGCGUAAAGGUGAAAGAAGUAGAAAGUCUCAAACGGCAUCUCCACAUAUGCCGUCGCAUUUAGUGUCAGCUGAAACAGGAUUUCCACAAGGUGCUGCACAAAAUGGACCACCAUCAGUGAUAACAACCACUGAUCAAUUAUCAACUAAUGUUAAAAGUAUAGAGGAAACUCCUGCUCCCAUGGAAGGUAUGACACGUGAGGAAGGAGAUGGAGAAGGAGAGAAAGAAGCAAAUCCAGAAAAUAAUUAAAUUGUGGAAAUAAUUCAGUUAUAACUGAAAUUAAUAAGUAGUGGACUAUAUGAAAAAAAUCAAGUACAUCUAAAACAGUGCAAAUGGAUAAAUACUUUCCACAAGAAUUUUUCCUUGCUCUGGAGUAGGGACAGUUUUAGUAAACGAAAAUGACAAAGCUGCGAAUAAAGUUGUAAAUAUUUUUAAUACAUAUAUAUAUAAAUAUAUAUAUAUACACACACAUAUAUAUAUAUACAUAUAUAUAUAAAAUUAAGAAUGUGAAUGAAGUAAGUGCAGACUAUUGAUUAAAAGUUGAAAACUAUUGAAAUAUAUAAUAUACUAGUCCUGUCUGUUUGGCAGGAUCAACAUAAAAGUUUUAUUGGAAAAGAAAAAAGGAUGAUAGAGAAAAAGCCGAACAGUGAAAGAUAAAACUGGGAAAUAGAAAUGUUAAUAAAUGGACAAUAUAAUAAUCAAAUAUUAAGUGGUCAACAUUAUUGAAGGGCAUCUGAA